CACAUUUCUAUAAUUACAAUGUCUUAUCCUGGAGUUGAACUGUUUCAAACGUCCGCUAAAGGACGUGGUUUGAAAGCUACAAGGAAAUUUGAGACAGGACAAGCAGUUUUGAAGCAGGAGCCAUACGCCUAUGCUGUCAUGAGCUCACAUAUCGACGUGGUGUGCCAUUACUGUUUAUGCGCGCCAGGACAGCCGGGAGCGCCAGUGGAGGAUCUCCACCGUUGCACAGGGUGUAAGUUUGCUCAGUAUUGCACAAAGGAAUGCCAGAAGAAAGCUUGGCCCGAACACAAGCAGGAGUGUGCUGCUAUAAAACGGAUAACACCUGGAAAGCCAGUGGAUCAGACCCGGUUAGUUGGGAGAAUCCUAUGGCGAAGAAAGAGAGAGGAAAAGGUAAACGGAGAGAAGAAAGAUGGAAAAGAGAAUGAUGAGAAGAAGGUGGAACUUGUAAAAAUUGAGGAAUUAGAAGAUCAUCUAAGCAAGAGAAACGCCGAGGAAAAAGAAGCGAUCGAUGAAAAAGUUUAUUCGUUUGGUGAUUAUUUCACUUAUGAUGAAAUGCCGGAUAGCGAUGAAGAGAUGGCGCAUCUAUUCGCUAUUAUUGAUUGCAACGCAAUAGGACUUAACGAUCACCGUGGUGUGCAAACGAUAGGGGUCGGAAUCUACCCUGGGAUCUCUAUGUUGAACCAUGACUGUAGUCCUAACUGUGUGGCAAUGAAUAACGGACCAAGGCUGGAGGUGAGGGCGCUGCGGGUCAUCCAGCCGGGCGAGGAGCUAUGCAUAUCAUACAUUGAUUCGUUGGAGACAACAGAAAAGCGAAGAGAAAAACUUAAACUACAAUAUUACUUCGACUGUGAAUGCGACACGUGUACCAAAGGUGAAGAACUUGAAAACCUAAAACAUGCGCUCGUGUCUGAAGAUAUCAAGGAAGAAAGCGUGAAAUAUAUCAACCAAUUCUCAAAGGACAUGCUCAAACGGAUACAUAAAACUAAACAGAACCAAAAUUGGGAACGCAUGUGUAAUCAAACAUUGGGGACUCUGGCGCAGCAGGAUUGCGUCAUAGCUGAUACCAACGUACUCAAAAUAGCAGUGCUAAACCAUGCUGUUGAGGUCCAAUCGUUUCUGCGAAGACAAGAACCAGCGCUUGAAUACGCGGAGCGAGUAGCCGCAGCUUACGAGAAGUUGUUGCCUCCUGUUCACCCAACAUUGGGAAUGUACUUAAUGCGGCUGGGUGUAAUCCAGUGGCAGAUCCAAAAGACCGAAGCAGCUGUGGCGACACUUGGACGGGCAGCAUCUAUUAUUUCGAAAACACACGGCGACGACCAUGGAAUGUUUAAAGAACUGCUUGGACUUAUCCACCAGUGCAAAAUGGAAGCCCACAUGAGUAAAGGGGCCCAACGAGAGUUUAGAAUGGCUAAGAAGAAAGCUGGCUUAAAGUUGCCAGCGUAAUGUUAAUUGUAUAGUUAUAAAUUAUUCCGCUGUGGUUGCUACCAGGCUAAUGUAAAUUAUGAAUGGGCCUCUGCGAAAUAACGAACUUAUAUGUGACUUAUACAAGAGUAACUGUUGUUUUGUAUUUAAAGAUAAAUUCGAACUGAAUUAUAUUUAUAGCAGGUUGGGGGAAAAUAAUCAAUGUUUACGUUUACUUUUAUCGCCCCAUUUGAAAGUAAACUGGAUAUAUUUACAAAAAUAUAUGACCUUACCACAGAGCGUUCUUAAAUGUUACAGACACGCUCUUUUCCCGUAGUUUUGUAUAUAUUUAUUCUAGAAUAGUGCAACUAAUCGUAUAACAAGUGAACAUGUCAAAACUUAAAUUCAUUCAUCGUAUCAUAGAGCCUUAAAAGAACCACAAUAUUUCUGGUAUAAUUUUAAUAUAUUAGGAUGGGGGAAGAUGGGACAGAACGUAAUGUUAUAACAGUACAAAAUACAAUUGCAAUUAACUACUUACUUACUUAUUUAUUAAAUAUGCGUUUUUGUAACGAUUGUGAUAAAUAAUAAAAACUGUUUCUA